AUGAGCGAAUACUUGCGCCUUCUCCUCCUCUUCGAACAUGAGAACGAUGUCGUCUGCAUAUUCCAGAUCGACAAGGUUUUCUUCACUGGCUAUUUGAACACCAGGGUUUUGGAGACCCUCCAGCGUUCGUCUCAUUAUUUCAUCGACCACAAAGUUAAAAAGGAAUGGAGAGAGUGGGCAUCCCUGACGGAUGCCCAUCAUGACGAGGUUUAUGGCUGGAAAAAGUGGGCACACCUGACAGACACCAUUUUGCGUGCAGAGGCUUUAGAAGAGAUCUCCGCAUACUAUCAGGCGCCCGAAAGUAUGACAAUACAUAAAACUUAA